AUAAUAAAACCUAAACAAAGUGAUCCUCAUCUCUGUUCGUUUGGCCUUCAAUCUCCUCUGAAUCCACUUUUUAUUCACUUCAAUAGGCUGUUUCUUCUCCUCCACAUCAAUCAUCAAGAACAUAGUUUUUUUCCCUUCAAAUCCAACCCCAACUUCUCAUCUCAGCAAGGUAUCCAUCUUCUUGGCAUCUCGAACUUAUCACUGAACUCCGCCCCUGUCUCACCUUCAGACGUCGCCGGUCUUGAUAGACAUAGCCAGUCUCUCCGUUUUUGUUUAAUUAUGUUUACCCAACUCGGUUUACCAGUUCCGAGUCAACAAACGAUUCUUGUUUCUGGGUAAAUCAUUUCAUUCUCUUUUAUGUUCCUUCUUUUAUUGAGAUUUAAUAGAUUUUACUACAGAUUUAUACUAAACAAAAUAGUCAAAAAAAAAAAAAUGAAGAAGAAACAGAAGAUACAGAGUCAGUAGAGGCUAACAGAAGAACGAUGGAAAAAAAACCGAAAGACUAAUUUUUAAUUCGAAAUUUAGAAUAUAAAAGAUAAUCUAAAAAAUAAUUAAAAGUUUUAGAAAAUGUGAAUGUUACCUACUGGUUCAACCAGUGCUGGAUUUCGGGUUUUAGUAGGUUUUUGCGGAUUUUUGCGGGUUUUUAAAUUUUGAGUUUUUCACAAAUUUCGAACCGGAUUUAUCUCGAGUCACCGGAUUUACCGGUUCAACUUCGGGUCCGGGUUGUGUUUCAAAACACUGGAAAAAACUAAAGCAUAAGAUGCAGUUAAUAACAAAGAAGAAGAAAAACAAUAGAUCUAAAAUCGUGUGGGAGACGGGAAUCCAAAAAUGAAAACAAAAUCCGAUCCACAUCGGAACUCUAUUUUCAUUGACAGAAGAUGACUCCGGAUUACACAAGACAAACAUGAUUUUUUGGUUUAUAUUUUCAGUUUCCUUUUUUCCUAUAAAAUUUUAUGUUACUUGUAAUGCUACAUUCUAUAUAAAUAAAAUAGCUGUUAAUAAAGUAAAAAUAAAAUUUUAUCUGUAUACAGUAGUGCCAGCCAUAAUAAAUUAAGAAAAACAAGUCUCAUUAAUAAAUGAAAUAUGAAAAUAAAAAGAGGACAAUGGAACCGGACUCCCCAUAUAUUUCUUAUGAUAAACAAGAACAUUAAGCACUAGCCUACUUGAAGAUAGACAUGAACAUAAACGUAGGCCGAAAGCCCAAACUGGUCAAUGCCAGGGCCACCUUUGUAUAUAUAAAAAGCCUUUUAUAUAAUGUGCUACAACUGAAACGACAUCGUUUAGGUUUAUAUUUUUGUAAUCAUAAAAACUGAUAGACCCCCUCUGCAUCUUCUCUCUUUCGUCGUCUUCUUUUUCUCUUUGCUUUCUAGAGUCGUGCCUCUGUGACAGAAAGAAACCCUAAGUUCCUUCUGGCUUCUUGCAGGUCGUUUUUCUGACUCAUUCAACCACAGCUGUUUCAAGAUGUCUGAAUUAACGGAGAAAUUCAUGGAGCUGUCAGUGUCGUCUCCUCUGAUUCCGUCACUUCCAGACGACGUUGCGCUUGACAUCGUGGCUCGUGUGCCCAGAAGCCAUUACCCGACACUCUCCCUCGUCUCCAAGAAGUUCAGGAAACUCAUUGCCUCUCCUAAGCUCUACAAGAGGCGAUCUCAGCUGGGAAUCACCCAACACCGUCUCUACGCUCUCCUCCGCAACCGCAACACGGGUGACUGCCGUUUCUACAUCUUCCACCAGAAACUCAACUGCAGCAACCGCUUGGUCGUCGUCCGAUCACUUCCUCCCGUGUCUCACCGUGGAAGCUUUGUCUCGGUGGGUUCGAAGGUGUACGUGUUCAACGAUGUUGAUGCCCUCUGCGUUGACUGUACCUCCCACACGGUGCAGCCCAUCCCUGACAUGCCUCAGCGCUUCGCGGCAACUCCCAUGCCUAGUAGAGUUGGUACUGUCAUGGACGGGAAGGUUUACCUGAUCGGUGAUUCCCGUUUCACUUGGGAUCGUGGGAUGGCGUGGAGGAAAACAGUGAUGGUGCUUGAUGCAGAAACGCAGGUGUGGGAGCCUGUGAUGGGAAAAGAAGACAUGAGGGUUGGUGCUAUUUGGUCUGAUGCGGUGGUGAUGGAGGACAAGAUUUGCAUGAGAGGUGUUAGAGACACCUUUUCUGUUGUUUAUGGACCAAAGGAAAACACGUGGGAGUCUAACGAGGUGUUGAACUCUAAGAACUGGGAGGGUGGCUGUGUGGUUGAUGAUGUCCUCUACUUUCUUGAUUGUUCAGGGAAGGCGUUGAGGGCGUUUGACCCAAAGCAGAGCCGCUGGAGUGUUGUCAACGGUUUGGAUGAGUUUCUGGCUGUCGAGACUGCCCAGUCAAAGUGGCCUAAUGCGGUGAAGUGCGGUGAGAAGAAGCUGGCUCUCUUCUUUCCUAAGAAACAUGACGGCAAGGAGGUCAUUUGCUGUGCGCAGAUUGCUUUGGAAAGGCGCCAAGGAGGAGAGAUUUGGGGUAAGUUGGAGUCUUGUGAUGUUGUCGUUGAGGAUGAGCUGUUUGACAUGGUCAGAUGUGUGGCUGUCACCGUUUGAUGCAGAGUAAUAAUAAUCAUCUCUAUUUAGAUCCCUUCGUAUUUUAAUUAUCCUAAAUGCCACGGUCUAGUGUGUGGUUUGUACGUUUGCUUAACAUUGUUAGUGUAAAGACAAAACCUUGAGAGCCUGUUGUUGUUUAAUGUUGUCGUUUCAAACUUGUUUAAUGUUGUCGUUUCAAACUUGUGUUAUGUUCUGUUAAAUUUGCUAUGUUUUAUUCUUGAAUCGUUUCCUUAGA